CUUUUUUCACUCGGGAGCUUAUCGUCUAAAUGUCCUUGAUAGCCUUAGGGGGGUGUUUACUAGAAUAAGAAUUAUCAGGAUCUUAGGAAUCUUAGGAAUACCGAUAUUUUAUUACAUCUCUGGUAUUAAUGAACUCAUUCAGCAAUACAGCAUCAAUGAGUAAUGACAUCAUUCAGCAUGAGGAAGAUGUCCGCCAUGCAAUAGAACAGAGGGACACCGGACCUUUAGUAGAUACAAAGAAUACCAAGGAUAGUCCGAAUGAUCCAGCAAGCCUAGCAAAUCAUUCUUCACGUCCAGUGCGGUUCAAAAUACGAAUUGUCGAUUUAGACUAUUACAUGACAGAGCCAGGGCCACUUGAUCUGGAUAUGUGCCAAUUUCUCCCGCCAUCCUGCCCAGUCCUAAAAGUCCCUGUCGUUAGGGUCUAUGGCGCAAAUGAGUCGGGACAAAAGACUUGUCUUCACAUUCACAGGGCAUACCCCUACUUUUACGUACCAUAUGAUGGAUCAUUGGAAACAUCGCAACUUCAAACGUAUAUUCUGCAGCUGGGAUUGAGUUUAAACCAUGCUGCAAAUAUUACUUUCAACACACCACAGGAUCCUCGAAAAUCUCAAUACGUUGCAGCGAUUACUCCUGUAAAAGGGAUCCCAUUCUAUGGCUACCACGUCGGCUACUCAUACUUCCUAAAGAUCUAUCUUUUCAAUCCGGAUUCCGAAAGUCGAAUUGUUGAUUUGAUGCGAAGCGGAGCUAUCAUGGGCACUCAGUUUCAGCCAUUUGAGGCCCAUAUACCAUUCAAAUUGCAGUUCUUUAUCGAUUUUAAUCUUUACGGUAUGGGGUGGCUAGAGCUCGAGGAGGGACUAGUGAGGAAUAAUGUCCCAGAACCCAUGGAUGGCGACCAUCCUAAGCGCUUGACGAAAGCAACGGUAGCGGAUACGCAUGUUUGGUCAAUUGAAAACGACCCUGGGAGGCAAUCCAACUGUGAAAUCGAAAUGGAUUCAACCGUGGAUCGCAUUGUGAAUCGAGAUAGAGUGACAGAGAGGGAUACACAUACAACUCUAGAAGAAUGCUUCAAGCCACCAUCUUUGACGGCACAGGUUCCAUCCAUGGCCAGUCUUUGGGAGGAUGAUGCACGACGGAGAAAAGCCAAUAAUAUGCCCUCACAAGAGGCGCCAAAGACUCAGAUUCGCGAUCCUGUUAGCAUUCCAUGGUUAAACCACGAUGCAAAUAAGCAUACAGUUGCUGAGUUGGUGCGGCAGAUGAUAUCACAGAGUCAGAUUAAAAUGCCCACGCAAGGAGACUUUGCCAAUUUCAGCGUCCUUGAAGACCCACUAGGGAAAGGAUUUCCGACCGCUUAUCAGAGCGCUCUGUUUCUUUGUCCUCGCGCCGCCCCUGAAGUAGAUGAAAGUGGGUCGGACGCGCGUUCACAAGGUUUGCAGGACACCUCGUUUGUCUACGAUGAGGCUGAUAGCUCUAUUUUGGUGGAUGAAUCGAUCAUUUCUCAGGCGGUUGCGGCAUUUGAUGAAGGCAACAUAGACACUAAAAAAGAGAUAUUUAAAGGUCUAACCGGCUUCAGAGAUAUUGAGGAACAGGAUGAAGACGAAGACUUUGCUCUCCCUGAUAUGAAUGAAUUUCAGGAUGAAAAUUUUUUAGACGAGGCAGAUCUGUGGGCCAGCACAAAUUCAUCCGACACAGAACAACAAGCGAUUGUUUUUGAGCUGAAGAGACCCAAAACAACACGUAUCAUCCCUCAGUUUGAUGGCAGUAAUGAUGUAGAUGAUCAACACAACAAUAAUGGAGAACGCAAGGAUACUAUGAAAGAAUGGCAAAGUAUAACUAGACUGAAUACAAAAAAAAGGGAUCGAAGCUUGUUUACAGCUUCGAAGGAUAAAUUUAAUGCAAAAGCGAAGCGCUUCCGUGAAAUUGCCACAGCUUCUGAGGGUGAUUUAGCCCAUCAGUCACCUAGAGAUUCAAGGCGGCCAGCAGUUCGUGACAACAAUGAUCAAAGUGUUAGAUUUGAUGACUCUCACAUGCCUGCACCAUUAGAAAGUAUUCGUGAGCGAGCUGGUUCCUUGUCGCCACGAAAGAGAACACGAAGUUAUAUGCAGUCCGUGCAGAUCCCUUCGUGCUCGCGAAGGAAAUCUGGCACUGGUCAAACGAAAAGUAUAUUGAACAGAGCUACAUCGGUGACUUUAGCUCAGCCUGCGUCUAAGCUCGUCACGGCAGUAUCGGACAGCCCAGAUAUUGAGGAAGAUGGAAACCUUGAUAAAGGAAAUGGAUCUAUGUCCCAAGAGCUAGUUACUAUAUCAACACGGCGGGGCAUACCAGAAUUAGAGCGCGUGCGAUAUCAAAACCCGUCUACUUCGAAAAUUCUCUACAGUUAUCCAGCACCAGCUUCACCUAAUCGAGAGUAUUUUAUGUCUGCCAUGGAUGAAAUGUGGUCUUCGCCCUCACCGCCAUUGGAAAGACCCUCAUUUAUACACUCUCCACCCCGUCCAACGUCGCCGUAUCUCACAUCUACACAUAAUAUCUCCAUUCCAGCUACUCAGCCUUACUAUGACCAAGAUGUUAGUCAGCAGGCAGAAACGACUGUGUCUUCUAAAAGACUUAGCAGCCCAGGGCCUCCCCCUCCGGAACACGAGUCUAAUGACGGUUCAAAAGUCGACCAAACAUUUCUCGAUGAUCCAUACGUAGCUCAGGGUAAUCCAGAGGAUACAACGAGAAACGAGAGUAAAGAUGUUCUAGAAAUCGGAAGGGCAAAAUCAGGAGUUAUUCUGGUAGAGGACUCUUUCCUUGAAGAAGCGCAAGACUUGAAUUCAGACAAGCCGGAAACAGACUCUGACACAAAGUAUAUUUUAAACGAUAUUAUGCCGAAUAAACCGCAAGCUUUUCAGUUUGCGUUAUCACCUCCAACAACAAGCGAAUUACUUGCAUCGCUAGCAGGACUAGAUUUACCUAUGGUCAUCCAUCAGAAACCUUUUUAUUCGAAUGAAUCAGACAUACCUCCUAAAGCCAAAGUUUUUGGCGGCAAGGAAUUUCGCUUGCAGUCAAAUAGCAUCAAAACGAUACCGGUAUUCAAGAGUAGUGAUGAUUCCAUCAUGGAUCCUAUGCUAGAUAAAGGAUUUCAAUUUUGGGAGCCCUGUCGACAACCUCCUUCCCGGAAUGAUAUUCAGAUUUGGUUAGAAGAGGAAGGAAAGCAUGCGAGGCUAAUGAUGAGGUCAGCAGCUGAUACUUCAACACAGAAACGUCGUGAGCAGAUCUCGCAAAUAGAAGGCCCGACCCAAAGAAACCCUUUUGGGUACAAGAAUAGUCCAACAAAAAUUGCUUCCUCCGUUGCUGUAGAAAAGGACUAUUUGGAUGUUUUUAGCAUGGAGCUACAUUGUCAGACACGCGGAACCUUGUUACCGGAUCCGGCGUUGGACCCCAUCCAGGCAGUGUUUUACUGCUGGCAGACAGAUCAACAAGGACUGGUCUCGAAUGGAUGGGUACCAGGAUACCGUGUAGGGAUUUUCACACACGUGGGAGCAGGGAUGAUAAAGAAGCUGUCUGUUGGUCGGAUAGGAUUCGAUAUUCAUAUGGCUGAGAAUGAAGGCGAGAUGAUGAAUGCCGUUCUAAAGCAUAUCUUGAGUCUCGACCCAGACAUUUUGGCCGGGUAUGAGGUGUACAAACUAUCAUGGGGCUAUUUUAUGGACAGGUACUGGACCCUAUUUGGUAUAGACAUGUCCAAACUACUUUCUCGUAUCCGUCCUCCAAAACCGCCUUUUAUAAGCAAGGAGGCCAUGGAAGCAAGAGGUUCUUAUGAUCCAAAACUCCAUUCUGGUCUCAAAAUUGGCGGCCGGCAUCUAUUCAAUGUCUGGAGAAUGAUUCGCGGAGAAGUUGCGCUCACUAACUACGGGUUCUGCAAUGUAGUUUUCCAUGUAUUGCAACAAAGAAUACCUCACUAUACAUAUGAAACAUUAUCAAGAUGGUGGGCAGAUGGCAUUGCGCUCCAUCAAUCCCGGGUCGUACGCUAUUAUUUGCAUCGAGUUCAAUAUAAUUUGCAGCUCAUUGAAUCACAAGAGCUCAUUUCUCGCACUAGCGAGUUUGCACGUGUUUUUGGCGUGGAUUUUUUUAGUGUCAUCUCGCGCGGUUCCCAGUACAAGGUAGAAUCAAUGAUGGUUCGGCUUGCAAAACCUGAGAAUUUUAUCAUGAUCACUCCGAGCCGUGCUCAAGUCUCUGCUCAACGCGCGUUAGAGGUGAUUCCGAUGGUGAUGGAACCAGAAUCCGGAUUUUACGAAGAUCCAGUCGUUGUGUUGGACUUUCAGAGUUUGUAUCCAAGUGUGAUGAUCGCGUACAAUAUCUGUUACUCAACUAGCCUUGGAAAAUUGGGAGGAGGAUCAAAGCUUGGUGUUUUGACAGAUUACAACAUUCCUGAGGGUAUGCUUCCCCUCAUGAAGGAACAUUUGCAUAUUGCUCCAAACAAUGUCAUGUAUGUUAAUCAGGACAUUCGACGUGGUCUUCUCGGCCGAAUGCUGGCUGAAAUCCUUGAUACGAGAGUUAUGAUCAAGAAGGCUAUGAAAGAGUAUCCAACCAACAAAUCACUGCUAAAGCUUUUGGAUGCGCGUCAAUUGUCGCUCAAAUUUAUCGCCAAUGUUACAUAUGGGUAUACAGCUGCAUCAUACUCAGGUCGGAUGCCUGGGGCUGAAAUCGCUGAUUCAGUGGUGCUUUGUGGUCGUGAAACAUUAGAGCGGUCCAUCAGAUUUGUGAACGAUAACCCUAAAUGGAAUGCAAGAGUAGUCUAUGGGGAUACAGACAGCAUGUUUGUGCACCUAAAAGGCCGAACGAGGCAAGAAGCUUUUGAAAUUGGAUAUGACAUUGCAGAGACUAUUACAAAAAUGAAUCCCCGACCAGUCAAACUCAAAUUCGAAAAGGUCUAUCAUGGGUGCUUCUUGGUGACCAAGAAGAGAUACGUCGGGAAUGCAUAUGAGACACCGGAUCAGGAAAAAGGGAUAUUUGAUGCUAAAGGCAUUGAAACUAUUCGACGAGAUGGCAUCCCAGCGGUCCAAAAAAUUAUGGAGACGUGUAUCAAGGAAAUGUUUAGAACAAAAGAUCUGUCGCUUGUAAAGUCUUAUCUCGUACGUCAAAUGGGGAAGAUCCUAGAAGGCCGCGUUCCUGUGCCUGAUUUGAUGUUUGGGAAAGAGGUGCGUAUGGGCAGUUACAGUGAAAAAGGAGUGCCUCCACCUGGUGCUAUAAUCUCUGCUCGCAGGAUGAACCUCGACCCGCGCGCAGAGCCUCAAUAUGGCGAGCGUAUCCCAUACGUCGUGGUUUAUGGAAGCCCUGGGGCUCGACUGACUGAUCAAGUUGUCGAGCCAAAAGAACUUCUUCGUAAUAAGAAUUUACGACUCAAUGGCGAGUACUACAUCCGCAAGCAUGUGAUACCUUCCAUGGAGCGGAUAUUCCAGCUUGCCGGGGCAGAUGUUAAAUCAUGGUUUGAUGAAAUGCCUCGAGUUCAGAGAGUUAUACCUCAGCUUGUCUCAGGACAAGAGCCUGGUCAAAAAGCAGUUCAGACGCUGUCAAGCAUUAAUGGGGAAACAGGCUCUCCUGCUAAAUUAUCAGAACUCAAUUCUGCAGUGUCAGUUAUACCAAUGAAGAUGAACUCUGCUGUAGUUGCAGCACAGGAGGAGCUUAAACACCACCAUCACCAUCAGCAACAGCAGUCGCUGAUGCAACAAACAAAUGCUCCCUCUGAGGAACAUAAAUCCCUUCCAACGUUAGAAGACGUUGCAACAGCAGGAACCGAGACAUUCGAAGGUAUAUUGGAAACUACUCUGGAAGCUUCACGAUUAAAAUCAGGGCGCAAAGGCAGUAAGGGCUAUGUUUUAUUGGGAUCGCGGAUCGAUCGUUACUAUCAAAGCCAGCUCUGUACUGUGUGUGGUAAGAUAGUGACCGGGCAAGGGGCACAAAAGUAUCUUUGCGCAGAUUGUAAGAGCGAGCAAGGUCGGCCUUAUUCUUUACUAGUUUUACAAAAUGGGCUUGCCAAAGCCGAGAAGCUUUUGCGAGCAGCGGUGGAUGUCUGUAGCUCCUGCUGUCGUGGCGCUAGUAAUGGAGGUGUGGGUGUAGAUAUUGGAGAGUGUGGUGAUGGUCUAGCCAGCACUGGAAUGGAAUUGGUCGCGUGCGAAAGCCUUGAGUGUACUGUAUUUUGGCAACGCCAGAAGGCUCAUGACUCACUUCUUGUGACACGUAAGUUGACAGAAAAGAUUAUGAAGGUUCUGGAAGAGUUAGAAACAUAAUCUUGGAUUCUACCAAUCAAAGUCACUCGGUCCUCUAGAAUAAUAGAAUCAUUGCACUUUACACAGCCUUUAUUCCUAAAUUACUUUUUAUACUAUUAAUAAAGCAACUUAGCGCG